AUUUGCAGCUUCUCGCUCGUCCUUGAGGCGGCAAUUUGUUUAUAUUUAAAAAACAGAACAAUUAAUUUUGAUUAUUUGCACAUGAUGUCUUUAAAAGAACAAAAAAGCGAACUCAUUUGUUUGUGUACAAUAACACAAUUAAGAUUGAUCAAUGUCGUCAAGAGGAUCGAGUGGUUUGAGUUGCUCAGUUUCUAAAGAAAAGGUUUGAAUGGGCAGCAUGGAAGUUUUUGUACAAUGGACAUCGGAGAGAUUGCUGUUGAAAGUGGACCGUGUCUCGAUACAGUGAGGGCUCUGCAUCAAACCGUUGUCGCGCUUAGGACCGCUUUGGAAAGAAGUCGGAACGAAAUCUUGGAGUUAAAACGGAGAGCCUGGCCGAAACACCCUUUGGAAAAUGUUUUAAACAAUCUCUCUCAUCAGGAUGACGGCGGCAAACACGUCAGAAUUUGCACACCGACUUCGUUGACCGACCCGCGACAAGUUUACCAAACUUGUACAUCGCAAAACUUUCGUAAUGAAGGUCUCCACCCCUUUGUAGAUAUAUCAAUUUCGAUCGAAAAAGUAAGCCCUCGGCGGAUCUCCGCCUCACUCGACAAUUUGGUUGUACCCAAAAGUUUGAGUGUCUCAAAAACGUUCAGCUACUCAAACAUACCACGCAGAAUGAACGAAAAUUCGACACCCCGCCUAUCGGCACGUGCCAUGUCAACUCCGCUAAACGUAUCGUCGUCGCCAAACAUCUCAGAUUGCCAAAAUACCUCAACCAACGGCCUACCGUUGGAAAACGCUCAAUCCGAACCGACCCUCCCUCACGAGCUCGAAGAGGUCGACGAUAUCGAGCUAAUAUUUACCACCGACGAGACUAGGGACUCUGAUUUCAAAGAGGAGCUCGUUCCGAUAGAUCACGAUGGACCGGCACGGAAUCUACACGAGUUCGAGCACAGCUUGUCGGAUCGCGAAUUGGACGACGACGUGUUCAGCGAGACCGAAGGUUUGGAUUCGACCAAGAAGGAAAACUCGCAGAUGGGCAACUCGAAGUCCGACAACUCGAUCAAUCACGAGGAGAAGAGCCUGAAAAGUUACUACUCGUAUCAGGAUUCCAGCUUCGAGAAUAAGUCCCUCGAGAAGGACGAGAGUUUCGAUAGGUUCGACGAUCGUAUACGCAUUAUUGAAACUGAUAUUUCCAAAUGCGGUAUUACCGAUGCGGAUUACGCGGCGGCGAGGAGAAACACCUGUCCCAAUCCGUUACCGUAUCGGCCUAUUAUACACAGGGAAGGAACGGGUAAAGGCCUAAACACGCGUCAGGGCCGGCCUAUCCUGUCCUAUUCGAGCAAUGCGCGACGCGAGUCCGGAGUCCAGACCGACAUCUCCGCCGUGUCCAGUUCGUCUUGGCGUUCGGAAAGUAGCCUCGCUCACAAGGCGAAAGUCGGUGAGAACUUUACCACGUUACCUUCGAAGUUUCCGCUUCCCGGUUCUCGCCUGCAUUUAUCGGAGAAGACAAACGUGGAGGCGAGACGGAUCUUACUGUCCGAUAUUGGCUUCACGAGCAUGGUGCCGGAACUGUCACGGUCCGCCGAUCACCUAUGCCCCGCCAAUUUGAAGGCGCCGUUGCCGACGUCCUACGGACAAUUCCUGAGGACGCCGGAUUUGUACUCGCCAAGCUUCAUGUCUCAGAAAUUCACGUGGACGGCUACUACAGCAUCGCCAAGCGAAGUAAGUCAACUGCAUUCCCAAUUCGGCAGCAUGUACCCACUGUCGUCGCCGCCCGCGCCGUCAAGGCGGUUUUCGGCGCCGGUCUCGCCGUCUCGCAGAGUAAUCAAGCCGACGAUUUCCAAAGUGCGUUUCGCCAACGGCUCGCUGCCCGAGCUCAGGACGGAUUGGAAUUCGACGCUCGACAGCGGCGACUCCACAGACAGCCUGGUGGAGGAGGCGGAGCAUUACUUGCGUCGAUCGAUCGACUGCAUAUCCGAUAGCGUUUACGGAAAUCGUAGGGACGAGUUUAGGCUGCGCAAGUCGAGGCGCGCGUCCGCCCCCGAACCGGCGGGCGAUAACGUUCCGCCGCAAAAUUGGCAGCCGUUCUUGCCUAGAAAUCCGCGCGAUCUACACCUGGACCAUUGGGUGAAGGUCAUCGUUCCCGAGGGAAGGGUGCGAGGGGGACGCGUCCGGUACGUGGGAACGUUAAUCAAUCAAGCUGAACAGUUCGUGGGGGUGCAGCUAAGCACUCCCGAUGGGCAUUCCGAUGGCACUUACAAAAGUAGGCGGUAUUUUAAUUGUGAGCCUUGCCAUGGAAUCUUUGUGCCAUUUAAGAAAGUUGUUAUGGGCUGGAGACCAUAAUUGAUUGAGUUUCGCUGGAAGUGAAUCGGUUCAUAAGGUCUUUGGAGGAAAUCAUUUUGUACACACUUCAUUUUUAAGCGUCACAAUAUUUAUCAUUUAAAAACACACGCGCGUGGGCCUUCGCAGCAGUCGUCGGAGCGCCAGCUUGGUUGAAUAAAAAUGAUCGGAUCAAGAAUGUGGCCCACACCUUGCACCUUCUUUCUAUUGCGCUCAUUUUAUUAAGUGGCACUCAAAGAUCAUGCUCAAAGAAAGGCGAUAACUUAAAUCAAGAGUACUUACUGAUUUAUUUGAAUUAAGUUCAAGGACUUGGCACUAGAGGGCUACAAGAUAUAUCGGCUACGGAUUGCCAUACUUAUUCAAAAGGUGAUAAGUGGGUUUAUUGAAAAUCUCUAGUAGGACACUUGUUAAUAGCGUAGGUUACCAGACUGAUGUUCAAUGUUAGAGGGGGCGAUGCGACCUCACUUAAGCCGCAGAACCCCGAUGGCAAAACAAACGCGCCAUAAGAAUAGUGGCACAAAUUAGUUGAAUGCACAAUUUGGACUAGAUAUCGAUUGCCUUACAUUAAUUAAAAAUGAUCCAGCUUCGAUUUCUCAUUUUGAUCUCUGAUUUGCAUGUAUACAUAUCAUAUAUAUUUGUAUUUUUGUAUCUAUUUAAGCCUAUGAUUUUGUAAGCGACCUUGCCAGAGGCGAGAAGGUAUUUUUGUAUGAGAUUCGAAAUUGAACUGCCAAACUUUUUUUGUUUCCUAAAACUGUCUAAUGUUCGACAUUUAAAUGAUAUAAUCUCAAAGUUGCAUUCGCCUAAAAAGUAUCAGACAUACCUAAUCGAACAUAAGUGAACCGUUAGUGCUUUGUGUUGUUACCAUGAGAUAAUAUAUGACCUAAUCAACUGAAAUUGCCAAUUUAUUUUUUAGAAAAACUUAUAUCUGUGUAUUAUAAUGUAGAAAAUUGAAUGUACUUGUUUCUCCUUUGUCUCUUAAAUGUUUAGAAAUGGAAAGAUGUUUGUUUUCCCUAAUAACUGUAACAAAUCCUGUAGAACCAUUAUGAGUCGACCACGUUAAUUAUAUAGGAAUUGAAUAAAUGUUCCUGUUAUCAUCUUUAUGAAGAAUUGUAAAUAAAAUAAGAAAUAUAUAUAUACAUAUCUAUUA